CCUUCGUUUUGUUUUCGCUCGAAAGCCCCCAACAAUCCCUCUUGUUUUUCGAUGGCUCAGCAGUUUCAGGUGCUGAGAUGCUGUUCCUGUAAUAUCUUCCAAGUGCAGCAGGUUAAAAAAAGCAAAAAAUGGAACUGCAAAAUAUGUGAUGAAAAGCAAUCAAUUCUAAGGGUUUUUGGCCAGGGCUCUGGGGUUGAUUGCAGACACCAUGUGCAGAAGCUAAAUUUGCUGCAAGGAGAACAGGAUCACACACCUGUAAGCAAACUUAGGUGUAAAGAAGAAUCAGGACGAAUAGUUGAUGAGAAUAUGGCUGUUAACAACAAAGGAAAAACAGACUGGGAGGAUAGGAGACACUUAGGCAUGGUUAAUGUAAAAAGCUGCAAAGAUGAUUUAUGUGACAGUACAAUUCCUGUGACUGAAGACCAUGUGCUACAAAGAAAUAAUCAACAGCCAGAAUCAAAAGUAACUGGACUUUCAAAAUGGAAUAAAUUCCUUUUAUCUGACAAGAGAUAUAAUAUUGACAUGACAGGUGGAAGGCAAAGGACAUCAGACAAAACACCUGCUGCAGGCACAAAUGAUGAAAGAGCCACCACUUCUAGUGCUGGGUGUGGUAACUGGCAUCCCAAACCACAACAGAAUGUAUUAACCUGCUUUGACAGAGCAAAAGAUUCUGAUCACCUUGGGACAAGCAGCAAAUUCUCUGCAGGUUUGGCUACUUGUCAAGAUAAGGCACAGCCUGCAGAAUUUACUACCACUUCAAGGUCUUAUGCUCCUGUUAAAUCAAACAACCUUUAUGGAAGUCUUUUUUCCACAGGAGAGGAUUUUGAUGAUGAUAUUUAAGGCUCUACAGUGAGAUUUGCUGAUU